GUUCCCAAAGGCGGAGCCAGCCAGCAGGGUCACCCUGUUCCUUUAAGAGAAGGGGGAGCGCUAGCCCCUCUCAGCCAUCCUGUCCUGUCCUCCAUCCCGGCCAAAUCCGAAAAGGAAAAUGAAAGAGGGAGCAGGAGGCACCGGUCCCAGCCACCUCCCAAGGUCCCUGGCUCAGCUCUGACACCCCAGCCCGGGCCCCAGGGUGAGUGGGGUUGGGUGAUGGUCUAGGAACACCAGGGGUGUGUGGGGACCUGUGUGAGUGUGGGGCGGGGGAGGCUCUCAGGAGAUGUGGAGGCUGGAGGCACAGGAGGCGGGGGAGGAGAGGGGAGAGGCCUGGGCCCGCAUUCCCACUACCCUGGAGUAGGAGAGCAGGGACACCUCCGACAAAGGACCCUGUGACAGUUAUGAAAGUGAGUUUGCCUCUAUGUCAACCCUUCCCCCCCACCUUGAGAGGAGUUCACUACAGUCAAAAUGGUGAGAGAAAUAGCGGGCCGAGAAAGAAAUGGUCUGGCUGCCUCUGCCACUCUCCCCUCUCCCAGGGGCACCAAAUUGGGUCUGGAGGCCGGGGUUCGAGGCUCCACUCUUCCACAGCAUCCUUUACAGCUAAGGGCACCGCUGGGUUUCUGCUUCCACCAGGCAAGUCAGGGGCUGGCCCAACUGAUCUCCAAGGUCCUUCCUAAGAAUCUGGGAUCUUGAAGAUCCCAGGGUCGAACCGCGACGGCCCACGGGGGUGCGACUAAAACGCAAAUGGGGACUCCUCCCCAGCACGCAUUGGCUGCAAAGAGAAGGGAACCCAUAGUUGAGCGUGGCCUGCUCCCCUCUGGCCCUCCCGUGGCCCUCCCUUUCACACUGGUCUCCUCGAUAAACGCGGACCUCUCCCACCCCAAGGCUCACCCUGAAGUCAGAGAAGGCCCAACGGCCCCCACCCCGAUGGUCGUGGAAGGGGCGGGGGUCCCUGACCUGCCCCAGACCGUGACUCCCCGCCCCGCGUCCCCAGCGCCAUGGGGGAAUGGGCGUUCCUGGGCUCCCUGCUGGACGCAGUGCAACUGCAGUCGCCGCUCCUGGGCCGCCUCUGGCUGGUGGUUAUGCUGAUCUUCCGCAUCCUGGUGCUGGCCACGGUGGGCGGCGCCGUGUUCGAGGACGAGCAAGAGGAGUUCGUGUGUAAUACGUUGCAGCCGGGCUGUCGCCAGACCUGCUACGACCGCGCCUUCCCGGUCUCCCACUACCGCUUCUGGCUCUUCCACAUCCUGCUGCUCUCGGCGCCCCCGGUGCUGUUCAUCGUCUACUCCAUGCACCGGGCCGGCAAGGAGGCUGGCGGCGCGGAGGCAGCGGCGCCGUGCGCCCUCGGGCGGCCCGAGGCCCAGUGCGCGCCGUGCGCCCUGCGCGCCCGCCGCGCGCGCCGCUGCUACCUGCUGAGCGUGGCGCUGCGCCUGCUGGCCGAGCUGACCUUCCUGGGCGGCCAGGCGCUGUUCUAUGGCUUCCGCGUGGCCCCGCACUUCGCGUGCGCCGGCCCGCCCUGCCAGCACACGGUCGACUGCUUCGUGAGCCGGCCCACCGAGAAGACCGUCUUCGUGCUCUUCUACUUCGCCGUGGGGCUGCUGUCGGCGCUGCUCAGCGUGGCCGAGCUGGGCCACUUGCUCUGGAAGGGCCGCCCGCGCGCCGAGGAACGCCACAACCGCUGCAACCGUGCGCACGAGGAGGCGCAGAAGCUGCUCCCGCCGCCGCCGUCGGCCCUGCCCUCCCGGAACCCCGACCCCGAGCCCUGCGCCCCGCCCGCCUAUGCGCACCGGGCGUCCGCCAGCCACCGCGACGGCGGCAGCGGCCGCGGCAAGGCGUCACCGGCCACCGGCCGCGGGGACCUGGCCAUCUAGCAACGGGCCGGCGAGGGCUGGACGGCGAGGGCCGGACCCCGCCACCUAAGGCCGCACGGCAGAAGCCGCUUCCGCCAGAGCUGUCACCGGACCUGCCCCGGCAGGAGACGAGCUGUAGGGACGGCCCAGGCCGCAGCGCUCUUGCCUCCUACUGCCUCCCAGCGGCUGCCUGCGGCACCUGGGGCCGGCCGAGCUGUGGGCGGAGGAUGAACUCAGGCAGGUCCAGGUGGAAAGGAAGCAGGCCAGUUUCGCGAGAGUGGACCCGAGGCGCAAAGCAGAGCGGAAGGUGGAGGGUGGUGGUUUUACUAGGGAUGAAACCAACUGAUGCCAGCGUUCUCAGGCACUCUCCGUGUUCAGAGAGAGUGCCCCUCCCCGUGUGGGACCUCUGGGAGUGUGCACACACGGACACAUACGCACUGUGAGCUGUGUGCGCUCGCACAUGUGAGCGCCGUGCAUGUGCGCGCAUGUGUACAGCCUGCGUGAGGCCCUCUCGUGCGCACAGACCCACGUGACCCCCCGGUGAGCUGUGUGUGUGCACAUGCACACAGACACAUGUGUGCCCCCGUGAGAGCUGUGUACACACAUCCUUUUGAGCUUUGUGUGAGGUCAUUGUGCACACACACACUGUCCAUCCUGCACGGGCUGCGUGUGUGCACACCUAGACACAUAAACAUCCUUGUUCACUAGUGCGCAUGUGGACAUCCUGCGUGACCUCCGUGUGUGUGUGUGUGUGUGUGUGUGAGAGAGAGAGAGACAGAGAGACAGAGAGAUCUCGGAUAUGCCCUGCGGAGGCGGCCAGGACCCGAUGCCAGCAGCAGCCACAAUGGCUCCCCCCCACCACCCUAAACCAGCUGAUCUGCCAGGGCAUUGCAGGAGGUCUGUCUCUCUCCGGAGAGACCUGUCCAGGGAGACAAGAGGAGGAGAGGCGUCCCUUCCCCGGGCAGGCCUCAGUCCUCAGGGGCCUAUGAACACAACCUCCCUGUCCGCCUUGUGUCGAGGUGGGGACUGGGCCCUUUCAUG